AUGUCAGACGUACAAAUGGAUAAGGCUUCAGGAUAUCACUCAGACUCCCCAUCUUCGUCCAGCGGAACUGGGGAUAUCAUAGGACCUGACGUGUAUGUUGACCUGAAAGUCCAUUUCAAAUCAACCAACGUCAUCCGAGUACACGGACCAUUCCUACCGGGAGAAGGCAAACUUUUGGUCGAAAGGUGCAAACGAAUCCUGAAGGACCAUUGCGGUGGAGCCGAAGCAGUCACCAAAUUCACGAGAGUUACCCAAAAUGGCUUGUUCCUUAGUCUCAUCACCGGCUACGAAGCAAAAACGUCCGACGGUAGCACCCUGCAGUUCACCACAGAGAUGAAUCCGGAUGCACUAGAUGUGGUGGAAGCCAUCGAGGAGGCCCGGAAGAAGGGCAGUCCAGUCGAAUAUGUCUAUGCUCUUCGGGAGCUGACACCUAUUGCAACCAAUAUCACAGCAAUUGGCGAGACUCGGAAGGGCGGGGUAACGAUAUGGGAGCAGGUGAAGGAUUACAUGCCCUAUGAAUUGCCUGUAAAAGAGUUGAAGCCCCAUUUGUAUGGUCUCUGCGACAUGAAAAUGGCGCGUUUGGCAACCAAAUGGUGUAACAGUAUGCUUAAAGAUGGGCCAGAGGGGACAAAAUUAGGACACCAAGACCCUUGUCGACUGUCGUAUUUCGUAACAGAGCAAACGGAGCUGCUACCCGUGACUGCUAUCGUGACGGUCACGAAAGUUGAUCUGAAGAAGAAAGAGGAUGCACCAGCGCCUGAGGACAACGAGUACUGGACUCCGAAAAAGAUGUCUGAGGCAAGAGCAAAGUGGUACCAGAAAGAAGUCGAACCGGCGUUGAAAAAGCAAGAUGAGUUGAGGAAAAGGCCAAGUGGUCCGCAGACGAGCAUUCUACCGCGUAGAGGCCCUUGA